AUGACAAGCCUGAUCACGAUGAACACUUCAACAAGUUUUCUGCACUUUGUUUCUCCACACAUGGAACUGAGCGACAGGUUAUCGUCUUCAAACUUUGACCUUUUGCAAAGUUCACCGAGUCCAAAUCUACUUCUGGAUGACUCUUCCUCCUCCUCGGAGUUGUCCUGCUCAGCUGGCUCAUCCUGCUCAGCUGGCUUCCCCUGCACAGCUGGCUCCCCCUGCUCAGCUGGCUUCCCCUGCACAGCUGGCUCUCCCUGCUCAACUGGCUCCUCUUGCUCAGCUGGCUCCCCUGCUCAGCUGGCUCCCCCUGCUCAGCGGGCUUCCCUGCUCAGCGGGCUCCUCCUGCUCAGCAGGCUCCCCCUGCUCAGCUGGCUCCCCCUGCUCGCUGCUGGCUCCCCUGCUCAGCUGGCUUCCCCUGCACAGCUGGCUCCCCCUGCUCAGCUGGCUUCCCCUGCACAGCUGGCUCCCCCUGCUCCUCUUGCUCAGCUGCUCCCCUGCUCAGCUGGCUCCCCCUGCUCAGCGGGCUUCCCCUGCUCAGCGGCUCCUCCUGCUCAGCAGGCUCCCCCUGCUCAGCUGGCUCCCCUGCUCAGCUGGCUACCCCUGCUCAGCGGCUCCUCCUGCUCAGCAGGCGAUCCCUGCCCCGUUGCAGGCCCGACGGACCGCAGCCUCAGCAGGCGAGGCACAUACCACGAAGCCGUGGCUCCGAAAGGCGAGUCCUCGGGGAGGCCGCCCUGGAACAGACCCAGCAGGGGCGGCUCUGCUCAAUCUCAAGCAGCAGGUCAUCGAUUUUCAGUUGCUGCAGUUCAGCGUCGUUAG